UGUGGAGAUCUGGCGGAGUGUGGACAUGUCUCGGUCACUGCUGAAGAAGGGUUUGGAGUUGGUGUGUUCGGAUUCUAUUGGUUUCAAAAAGCAACCAAAAAAGAAGCAGAAUGAAGCCUUAAACAGCAACAAAAUAGGAAUGAAGAAGCAGCUCCGAAAACUGAAACAUCAGGGACAGCCACGAAAUCAGAGAGCGACGGCCAAAGACAGAGUUAUUAAAUCGGCAAUAGAGGAGUAUAAAAAACAUGCAUCACAAGACUAUAUGGCACAAAACCUCAAAUAUAUGCUUGGAUCCCGCUCUGUUGCAAACAAAAAUGUUGUCAAAGAGAUUUUAAAUCAGCACUGCGGACGGAAAGCCAGAGACCAGAAGGUAAAGAAGAAAAAGAGGGUGCAACAGAAAUCUGUGUUCUCAGAUUCAGACUUCAAACGUUUUGAAAAGGAAUAUUUUGGAAGCAGACAGAUUGUGGCCAAGUAGAAGAGACUAAAUUGACUGUGUUGUCUUUGCUUCUAUUCCAUUACUGAGGGAGUGAACAUGGAUAUUAAUGAAAAUUCGAGAAGACUGGACUAAAUGUAACGGACAGAAUACACAUUUUUGUGUUUUUUGUCUUUGCCCCUUUCCUGCAGAGUAUAGACUGUAUGCAAGUUUGUACAUUUUGUACUUCUGCUGUUUUUUAUUUUUUUGUUAUUUAAUAUUAAAACUAAGAAUAUUGGGAAGAAAAUAAAAAUGUACGUUU